AUGGCGUCCCGAGGCGCUUCUUCAUCUGGGCGAGGGCAACGAGUAAAAAGACAAAAACCUGACCCACCCGGUUCUACGCUCUCCUCCCCUGACUCACUCGAGGCGUUGAGGCGUCGCUUCAGGAUAUCCGAGGCGGUGGAGUUUAUCGUUCCAGAGAAGAACGACCGAGCCGACAAGCCUCCCGAGAAUCACUUCACUCUGUACGAAGCGUUCUUCGAGCUCUGCUUUCUCUGGUUCCCAAUCCCUGGAAUCAUGCCGAGGGGACUGCGGCAUAUGAUCGGCAUUUUAGUUCGAAGCUUUGAGUGCGGGCUCGAUAUCGAGCUGAAUAACCUGCUGAACUUGCUGGAAAUCAGGAAAACUCCGAAGGGAGAUAGAUUUUAUAUUUCCAACAAGUCCAACCGCCGGAUUAUAGGCGGUUUUCCAAGCAAAGAUCAGUUUUGGACUGAACGCUUCUUCUACGUCUUGGUGAGCGAGGCGUCGGUCAGUGAGGAUUACGUUCAAAGAACCAAGACCACCUGGGGACCACUUGUUCGGAACAUUCUUCCCCUGAUUCCCGACGACCUCUUUAUUGUUCGAGACUCUCUUUCGGCUCGGAAGGUCAAUUGGAGGAAAAAUUUCACCCUCGAGAGAGUAGAAAAAGCCCGAGCUAUCCUCGCCGGAGUCCCUGUCAGUUCGUCAUCCUCCAGCUCUUCAAGAGAUACUCGAGAGAUGAUGGUGAUAAUCACUCUCAGAGAUAGGAAGAGGCGUGAAGAAGAAGAAGCUGCGAGACGAGCUGCCGAAGCGGCUCAAGCGCAGACCGAGGCCAUCCCUCAGCCCGAUCCGCCGAGCCGGGAAGGAGACGAAACGGUCCGAGCCACGGAGGCAAACACUGCCGAGGCGGCUGAGAAAGAUGCAGCGACCGAGGUGGAACCGGGCGAAAUUAUUCCCGAGGCGUCCAUGGAUGACUCAGCGGCGCGGAGUAAAACUCCUUCGAACUCCGCCAUUCUGGCCCUCCCGAAGUCAGCGAGGCCACUGACUUCGGUUGUACAGAAACAUGACGCCAGCCGAAAACGUUCGGCCGCUGACAAGGGGAAAGGCGUUGCUGUUCAAAAGGACGAGCCGUCCAAGAAGAGGCGGAAGCCGACGCCCAGAGACCCCGCUGCGCGCAAAUUGGUCGUCGACGACCCCAACGCCUCUGCCGUGAUGUUCGUGCGUGUUAAUAACGCGAACAUACGUCUUCCUCCUCCGGAGAAGCUGAGGAGGCCGAGGUCGUACGGCGCGAUGGCACAGCGCGAUACCAAGUUUGUAGUGGCCAUCAACGAGCUGAUGGCUGAAUAUAAGGCGGACCUGUCUAAGGUCGAACGCCGCUUGGACGAGACCGCGGCGACAAAGGGGAAGCUGGACGAAGCGAUGUCCAGAGUGUCGAGGCUGGAAGAGGAGAAGAUAGUUCUCCGCGCCGACGUUGACAAGGUCUCCGCCUCGGUGAUUUGCCUGGAGGAGGCUAGGAGAGCCAAAAGCGCCGAGGUGGCGUUGCUCAAAAGGCGUAUCGAGACCAAGGAUGUCCUGUUCGACACCAAGGUCAAGCGCGCGAAAAAGGAGGCGAGGCGAGAGCUGACUGCUAAGUUUCAGGAAUGCCUCGCUAAAGUGGAGGAGGGACUGGUCAAGCUCGAGAAGGCCAAAACCAACGAGAACGAGCUGGGGCAAAUCAAGGGCAACCUUGCGAUGAUCGCUGACCUGAAGAAACCGGACGCCCCAACGCUUGACGACGAGGAGGCGAAGCUGAAGAGCUGGGAGAGCGAGUACGUCGACGAUGAGGCGUACGAGCGUAUUGCCUCCGAGAUUCGAGGCGAGCUGCUUUUCUCUCCCGUAUCGCCGGACUCGGCAGACACCAGAAUUGGCAACGAGCUGCUCGAAGAGAUAGCGGCCAACCUGGGUGUCGUUGAUCCGACCGGAUCGAAUGCGGGGACACCGGCCCUCUCGAACCUCCUUGCCAAGCGCGAGACGCAGUCCGCGGCCUGA